GGGAACAAACCAACGGCGGGAAAGCUCAUUUGCAGGCGGUGUUGAAAGAAAAGGGAAUCUGACACUGUAGCAAGGCCAGGAAGAGGUACUGAGAUGGCAUUUCCAGCAGCAGGAAGAUUGACAAGUCCAUCGAAUCGCAGAGCUACAACAUUUCAGUUGAGACCACAAAGCAUUGAUUCUUCGAAGCAGAAGAUACUGAGCCAGAACAGGGCGUUAGCGAAGAAGAAUUCGGUAUUGAUGACGAAGAUUGCUGACUUAGAGACGAAGAUCUCUGAUUUGAUUCAACAAAACAUUGAGCUUCGGGCACUGAAUGCCAAAAACGAGGAUCAAAAGAGAAGGUGCUUAGAGGACAAGUUGAAUGUGAUUGAAGCUGGUGUGAGCCAAAGGUUUGAGGAGAUGUUUCAGAUGUUUGCAACUAUCAGAAACAAUGAGGGUCUCUCCGAAUCGAAGAUGAUCGCUGCACUGCCAGGUAUAAAUGUGAAUGACAUCACGUUGUCGUCAGCCUCUGAAAAGACGGUGUCGUUUGUUUCGAAUGUUAAAGCUAGUGAGGAUCAAACAGAAGAGGGUAAUAAACUUUCCAGGGAGAAGAGAAGACGCAAAAGCGCUAGAAGAGAGUCCAUAUAUAUCCCACCACCGUCACCACCAAGGGUUACUGAAGAAGAGGAAGCCAUGACAACGUUGUUGACGACAAGUAAUACAGUAACGACGACAACAACAACAACAACAGCAGCAGCAGCAGUGGCAGCUUCAAUCCCUAUUGAUUUUGAGGAGCCGAACCCUUUCCAUAAUAAACCUGUGGAUACUGUGGAAUCCAAGAAUUUAAGCGAUCUUGAUGAAGGCCAUGGGGAACUCGCACGCUCCGUAAUUCUUUCUCCAAUAAAGACAAGUACCUCUUCACCUAGUGUCAGGGAAACCUCAAAGAAGAGUAUGUUUGAAGUAUAUGAGGAUUCACCUGAGCCUAUGGAUAUCCUAAAGAAUCAAGGUGAAGGCGAGGAUGACAUUCAGCAGAAAAUCCAAAGAUUAGCCGAUGAAUCUGUAAGACCAACUAGCUUUGGAAAGAUUCUUCCAUCUACGCUACUCGAUGGUGAUGAAUCGACAAAUUCAGAAAUUACCGAUGAAUAUAAACCUUUGGAACAAGACGCCACGAAGAUUAAACAUACAAAGACCAAAAGGAAGUCAAGAACCUCGGUUGAUGAGAAAAUGCCUACACUAGUGGUUGACAAUGACGAUCUGUUAUCUACUAGAAAAUCCAGAACGAGAGGUAAACAAAUUAGCUACGCAGAACCUUCCCUUAGAGUCAAGAUGAGAAGGCAAUCCGAGAAGUUCGUCGAUGCUGUCGCUGACGGUGGCUUUGUCAAACCACCCCAGAAGUCUUUGAGUGCCGAACCAGAAGAUAUCUCAAGGCCAGAAGAGACAAAACCUACAGAAGAGAUUGCUGCUCAAGAACAGGCUUCCAAACACGAUGAAAAUGGAAAGGAAAAGAGAGCGAGACCACUGAUUGAACAGGAUAACUCAAACAUUACAAAGAGACGCAGACCUUUGAGUAGUAUUACCCAGAAUAAGAUUCAAAAGGUUGUUGACAGUGACAAGCUAAGACAGCACAAGAGGUUUGAACUGAGUGACGAUGAAUUGUCCGUAUUUGACUUAGUUGAAGAAUCUGCAGUCGGAGUUCCAAAGACCUUCAAAAAACCUGACUUGGGGUCUGCAAAGAAGAAGAAUCCAAGACGUCAUAGUAUGUUAGUGUAAAGUAUCUAC